AUGUCCGAUGACGCCUCAUUCGGCGGCGAAACGUCCCUCUCGCGCCUCCUCUCCACCUUGCGCGCAACGCUGCAUGAGGAAACAUAUGUCUUCGCGAGCAUUCCGGAUGACGACCAUCACCUCCCCGUGCCAAUUGAGGAGAUAACUCUGUUCUUCCGUGAGCCGCACCGGACUAGUGGCGCCGGACCCUCGUUGUCGUCGUCCUCCUCCUCAACAGCAAUAGCAUUAGCAACAGAGGGACCGGGACCGGGACAGGGAAAAGGCACGGCCAUCACGCUCAUCCUCCGCCUCGAGAUCGCCCGGAAACACGGCAUCCAGAACUAUGCGUACCCGUGCCGGAUGAUCACGUGCGACGUGCAUUCGUCGCUCGAGGCGGUGGGCUUCAUGGCCGUGCUGGCGACGAGGCUGGCCGGCCGCGGAAUCAGCGUCAAUCCUGUCAGCGGCUUCUACCACGAUCACCUCUUCGUGCCUGUGGAACGGGCCGAGGAGGCGGUCUCGGAGCUGCAGCUCGUCAGAGAGGAGGCUGUGAGGAAUUUGGAAACUGGAUCGAAACGGUGCUGA